GCUCUAUGUAUUUUCCAUAUAAUUUUUUUUCAUUUCUUUAAAAUAUUUCCAGGGCCCACAUAACUUCAUCAAAAACUCAGCUCUAUAUAUCCCAGCGAUUGCCUCCAUUUUCUCUCUUCAAACAAAUAUUUACUCCACCAAAAAAAAGUAAAAAAAAAAAAUAUAGAAACUCAUAAAUCCUGCAGCAAAUGGGCGAGAAAGUUGAGAAAAAGAAUGAAGUAGAGAAGAACGCGGCGGCGGAGGGCGCCGUCGAGAAGGCGGCGGAGGGAGGCGGCGGAGAGAAAAAAGUGGCUCCCAUGGCGGUGGUGUUGAAGAUGGAUUUACAUUGCCAAGGCUGCGCCAAGAAAGUCAGACGCUCCGUUAGAAAUUUGGAAGGUGUGGAGACGGUGAAGGCCGACUGUGACGCCAAGAAAUUGACUGUGACGGGAAAUGUGGACCCCGCAUGGCUCCGGGAAAAAGUUGAAAUCAAGACCAAGAAGAAGGUGGAGCUCAUCUCUCCUCAGCCCAAGAACGACGCCGGAAGUGGUGGCGCCGCCGCCGCAACUGAUGACAAGAAGGCUGAGGAGAAGAAGGGAGAGGAGGACAAGCCAAAAAAGACUGCUGUUAGCACUGUGACAAUGAAAACCAAACUACACUGUGACGGAUGCGCGCAUAAAAUAAAGCGGAUUAUAAUUAAGAAUUUUGAUGGCGUUGACUCACUAACAACUGAUCUGCAAAAGGAUUUGAUCAUUGCAAUUGGAACAAUGAACGUCAAUGAUCUAGUUUCAUAUCUAAGAGAGAAGCUAAAAAGAGGAGUAGAAAUUGUUCCUCCAAAAAAGGACAAGGAUGCCGCCGCCGCUGUAGACAGCAAAGAGAAAGCUAGUGGCGGCGGAGAACAAGAAAAGAAAGACAAAGAAAGCGAUGUUGUUGGAAAAGGUGGUGGUAAGCAAAAACAGGCUAGUGGCGACGCAAAAGAAGCCGAAGCAAAACCGGCGGCUGCCGGCGCCGGUGGAGAAACAAAGGUGGAGAUGAGCAAGAUGGAGCAUCAUAGUAGUUACAAUCCUCAAACGCACUACGCCAUGCCUAUGGUGAUGCACAACCAAAGUUAUGGGCAUCAAGAAUAUGGCAUGCACCAUCAUCAAAGUCAUACGAAUAUGGGGUACUACGAGGCCGGGCCUCCUAUGCCGCCACCCACGUACUUGAACACGAACACGAAUGAUGACAUGUUCAGUGAUGAAAAUCCUAACGGGUGUUCCGUGAUGUAAACGUAUAAAAUAUUAUGAUCGAUAUUUAGAGUUGCAAUUUUAAAUUGUAUAUAUGGAAGAGAGAGUGCAAUAUAUAGUGCAUGUAACAUAGAGUAUAAAAUUUUUAUUCGGGAAUAUAUUGAAUAAAUUUUACUACGUAUGUAGUAGUUGC